UUAGAGGCGGGUCCCUAUGGGAUUGGGGAAUUCCCUUUCCAUUGCCAUCCCUAGACACAUCACUCCCACGCUAGUCCCGAAAAAACGAUAUUCUUUUUCAGCCAAAACGCAUUCCCAAGCUCGUAACUGUAGAAAGAACAACUAACAGUAUGGCUGUUAUAUCUUCCAACGAUCGAAAAUUCCGGCGGAGUCCUCGUAAUCCUUUCUUACCACAAAAACAUGACGAUUACGAAUCUCUGGAGGUCGGCUUUGAUGGCGCUUCUUAUUCCGGCGCUGUUUUCAAUCUCUCUACCACCAUCGUCGGCGCCGGGAUCAUGGCACUUCCGGCCACCGUGAAACAAUUAGGUUUAAUUCCAGGCCUGCUGAUGAUAAUUUUUGGAGCAAUAUUAACGGAGUCCUCAAUUGACAUGAUUUUAAGAUUCAGUAAAGCUUCUAAAUCCAUCACGUACUCCGGUGUCGUUUCAGAUGCGUUUGGUGGGGCUGGACGCACACUUCUUCAGCUCGGGAUUAUUGUUAAUAACCUUGGCAUGCUCAUUGUCUAUAUAAUCAUAAUUGGUGAUGUGUUAGCGGGAACAUGGUCCGAUGAGGUCUAUCAUUCCGGUGUUAUGCAAGAAUGGUUUGGUCAGCAUUGGUGGACUUCCCGUUCCUUCUUGCUACUUCUUACAACUCUUUUUGUUUUUAGCCCUCUCAUUUCAUUCAAGCGUGUUGAUUCAUUGAGAUAUACAUCAGCUUUAUCAGUGGGGCUUGCAAUUGUGUUUGUGGCAAUUACUGCUGGAGUGGCAAUUGUAAAAUUAAUGGAAGGAAGUAUUGGAAUGCCGCGUUUAAUGCCUAAGCUCAAUGAUCAAGCAUCUUUUUGGAAGCUUUUUACUGCUGUCCCAAUUUUGGUCACUGCUUAUAUAUGUCACCACAAUGUUCACCCAAUAGAGAAUGAACUCAGAGACCCUGCUCAAAUGAAGUCAAUAGUACGGACAUCCCUCGCGUUAUGCUCAUCUGUUUAUGUCGCUACCAGCUUUUUUGGAGUUCUUCUUUUUGGUGAUAAAACACUGGAUGACAUCCUUGCCAAUUUUGAUGGUGAUCUUGGAAUUCCAUAUAGCUCUCUGCUUGAUGAUGUAGUCAGAAUUAGCUAUGCUGUCCACCUGAUGCUUGUCUUCCCAAUUGUGUUUUUCUCCCUUCGCCUCAAUCUUGACGGUCUUCUUUUUCCAUAUGCCAUUCCCAUUGCAUAUGACAACAAGAGAUUCUUCUCAAAUACUGUAGCUCUCAUGGGUUUUAUAUUUUUGGGAGCCAAUUUUGUGCCUAAUAUCUGGGAUGCAUUUCAGUUUACUGGAGCCACAGCCACUGUCUCUGUCGGUUUUAUCUUUCCUGCAGCCAUCGCUCUCAGGGACACGAAUCGUAUUGCAACAAAGAAUGAUAGGCUAAAGUCAUGGGUGAUGAUAUUAUUGGCUGUAUCAUCAAGCACAGCGGCCAUCUGUAGUGAUAUUUAUAGCAUUUUCAACUUUGACAAUGGAAGCGGAAGCUGAUAUGAGAGACAGGAUUGUAUAUAACCUGUCGCUUUAACAGAACUCUUAACAAAGGCGCUGUCUACUGCUCGAGAGAGGCCAGUUCGGGAAAUGCCGAUGCUCACCAGUCAUGUACCUUGAAGCGGAUAACUGCAGCAUCAAGUUUGACAAUGCGAUACUAAUCAGGAGACAAGUAAAGCUCGCUCUCUCCCUCUUUGCAGAGCUGCAAAAUUGAAAAUUGUAGUUUGCCAGUUCUUAUAUAAUUUCAUGACCGUUAUAGCACAGCUCUUCCUGGUUGAAGAAUUUGCCCAUUUGAUAUAUUUGUACAUUGAAAAUGUUUCUUUUUUCCUGUUGCUUUACUUGUGAAUGAAAUGGCAGCGUUUCAUUGAAUAGGAUGGAAUGCAAUUUACAAAGUGCAGAAUCUCUGAUGGACAAGAAGCCCUAUGAUCGAGAUUCUUUAAUCGUUUCGGUUUGAGCAUUUUGCCAUCCUUUGCUUAGGAAUUUAGCAGAUGACGCUGUUUCAGGUGUCAGGAUAAGGUUCUGUAUGGUUAAACAGAAAAGUCUGUAUAAUCUGUGCUUUAUAUCUAAUGCAGGCUGGCAUUUGGCAGUUCAGGCCGUGUAAGCUUACCCCAUCUCCCUUCUAUGUACUUUUUAUUUUUAUCAGAUUAUUUGAUAUGUUAUUUUACUUAAUAAUAAUAUUGUUAUGUUAAUAGUUAA